AUGGAAACCCACAGCACGAUGAUCAACCCACCUCGUUCGACCCGAAAUAGUAUCCCUCCCUCCUUCCCAGAGGAAAUGGAUGCUCUGACAAGCUUCAUCGACGACAAGACCCUGACACCGAGAAGCAAGCUGGACGAGUUCCGCCGCUUUUUUGACUUCAAAUCAGAAUUCUGGAACAAGUUCCACAGACAGAUCAAGGAGCAUGUCUUGCUCACUUCUACUUGGGCAGAGAUGCAGCUGAGCGAGACCAACCGCGAAGCCGUUGCUGCGACAUUUCUGGAACAGGUGGGGUCUGAGUUCUGGAGCAAAGAGAAUCAGGAAAAGUAUUUGCUUGAGGAUCACAUCAAGAAUGGGCAUGUUUGUGCCUACCCCCGAGACAAGAAGACAAUGAUCAAGGCCCUCGCAUUCUUGCUGGAGAAAGACGCCAAGAAUCGACGGGGGUCGGUCUCGCAGGACGUAAGCUUCCCUAAUUUGAGGGUCUUGUUUCCUAUCUGUGUGUUGUUGGUACCCCAGGCUCAAAGCAGCAGCAGCCCUCUGCCGGACCCGCCUCCUUCAGGCUGUGAGGUGACUGCAACAGUGAAGAAAAGUAGCAGUCGGGCAUCGACUCCCACAAGGUUGUUCAGAAUACCCAAGACUCCCAAGACCCCUAAAACCCCUCAGGCCACGCAGAGUAUGAGAAGCACGAGUGUCGCGCGAGAAAGCAGGACUCUCAACAGUCCAGCCCCAUCCACUCCGACCCCAGUGACCCGGGGGCUUCUGGGCACAGUCGAGAAUGCACGGGUAUCAUCGGCCGUUGCGACUCACGCCGCUCCCAGCCAUGAAAUCACCCAGCUUUGUUGCCAAGUGAGCAUGGGUCUGGCAGAGAAUUUCUUCACUCAGUUUUCAGACAUUGCCCCCAACACUCUCGCAACUUACUUCCUCGUGCAAGAGCAGGGAAACCAGGGCGAGCCAGUCUGCGUGCCCUUCCGGAAUUUCGAGGACUACAAGACAAGCGACGAAUUCCUGGACGAAAUGGAGAAGCGAUGCUGCGAGCAUGACCCCAGUAUGCUGCAACUUUUCGAGGACGUAUGGAAAUUCUCGCAUGCAGUGGUUCUGCUGCAAUGGUCGGGUGUUUCUUUCAUGAUGCGCCGCGAGACGGACGACCUCCAGUCGCUGGCCAACCGUAUUGGUUGUGCGUGGCGGGCAAAGGAGAAUGGGGAGUUGCAGGCAUUUGAGUUUGUGAUUCGGGUGACGUUGAAGAAGGAUUGA